AUGGCUCUCCACUCCUGCGAUCGCACAUUGGCAUUGAUCCCCUUGCUUGUCCAAAAUUCACUCGUACUGCCCCGUAGGCGCGUGGAGGGCGCCACGGGCUGCCCCACCGUUAACAUCGGCUACCCCACGAGGCUCCCCUUGCCGGACGCCGCCGAGGCCGUUGCCCGCGAGCUGCGGGCACGGCUGCCCGGAGGCGGCGACGCCUUCGCGGUGACGCAUUCCAUGGGCGGCGUGAUCCUGCGGCUGGUGGGCGACAUGGCGGACGGGGGGGGCGUCACUUGGCGGGGGGCGGUCAUGCUGGGGCCGCCCAAUCGGGGGAGCUCGCUGGCGCGGGCCCUCGCGGGCGGCCCGCUUGGAGACCUGUUUAGGUUUUUGUUUGGGGAGGCUGCUUGUGCCUUGGGGGAAACAAAUGUUGAGUGGCCUUUGCCCCGAGGGCCUGUGGGCAUCAUCGCAGGGACGAAGAACCUUUACCCAAGCCUCUCUUCCCUGGUGUCCAACACUUUUGGCCUCUUGAAAGGUCCCAACGACGGCACUGUCUGCGUCAGCGAGACACGCCUGGAAGGGAUGGAACAUGACUUCUGCACAUGCCACGAGGGACACGCCCUGUUGCAGCACAACCAGGAGGUUUUCAUGCUCGUCGUGAAGUUCUUAGAGUCUGCUUCAUUUACCUAG